AUCAGAGGGGCGUGGCCUGGGAAUGGGAGGAGCCUCAGUGAGGCGUGGUCUGGGAGGGGCGUGGUCUAACAGAAUAGGAUUAACCUGGAGGCUAACCCGGGUACCUGAAUUAGGCCGGGGAGGCCUGGUUUGAGAGUCCUGCUGUAAGGGGGUGGACCCCAGUGAGGCGGAUAUCAGUCCUUGGGGGCGGGGCUUGAUAUGGGAGUAGUCUGAUUGUGUGGGACCAGGACAAUGUGGUCCCGAGGGGACUGAUGUGGAGUUUUGGGGGGUGGGGCUUAUGGGUCUGGGCUCAGCCUGCAUUGGCUAACCUGGAGAUGAACGUUAAAGGUGCGGAGCCAAUGCGUCUGAGUGACAUUUUACGGACGGGGCUUGACUUAUGAGGUUUUAGGUGGGUUAAUGAGGAGGUGAGCCCAGGAGGAAGCAAGACCUAAUGGGGUAGGGUAAAUGGCCCAGAAUGGGCUGGGCUUGCUGGGAACUGGCUGGAUUAAUGGAGAAAAAUGCCCUGAUAGGGAUAGGGCAGGUUGGCUUAAUUAGCCACGGCCACUUAGCUGUGAUCCCUUGAAGGGGCGGGGACCAAUGGCUGGGGUAGGAUGUUGGGAAGACGGGCAUUUAGGAAGCGGGCCAUGGAGUAGGGUCUUGGGCAGAUGGCACCUGAGGAGGAUAAGGCCUUGGGAAGCUGGGGCAGAGCCUCUAUGAAGUGAGCCCUCCAAGGGGCGGGGUCUUUUGAUUCUACGUGGGAUUUUUUAGGUUUAGGGUGGCCAAGAUGACUGAAAUCUGCCACUGGGUAGGUGUGCCUGGCAGGAGGGGAGCCUCCCAGGGGACCGGUCUCUGGGUUUCCUCGAGGGUGGGGUUGGCCUGAGGAAGGGAGAAGAGGGGCACGACCAGGGCAGUGUGGAUUGGGACAGAUGAGGACAAGAACAAAUGAAAGGCACAGCAACCAACGAGGCGGCUGCGCAGUACAACCCGGAGCCCCCGCCCCCACGCACACAUUACUCCAACAUCGAAGCCAACGAGAGUGAGGAGGUCCGGCAGUUCCGGAGACUCUUUGCCCAGCUGGCUGGAGAUGACAUGGAGGUCAGCGCCACAGAACUCAUGAACAUUCUCAAUAAGGUUGUGACACGACACCCUGAUCUGAAGACUGAUGGUUUUGGCAUUGACACGUGUCGCAGCAUGGUGGCCGUGAUGGAUAGCGACACCACAGGCAAGCUGGGCUUUGAGGAAUUCAAGUACUUGUGGAACAACAUCAAAAGGUGGCAGGCCAUAUACAAACAGUUCGACACUGACCGAUCAGGGACCAUUUGCAGUAGUGAACUCCCAGGGGCCUUUGAGGCAGCAGGGUUCCACCUGAAUGAGCAUCUCUAUAACAUGAUCAUCCGACGCUACUCAGAUGAAAGUGGGAACAUGGAUUUUGACAACUUCAUCAGCUGCUUGGUCAGGCUGGACGCCAUGUUCCGUGCCUUCAAAUCUCUUGACAAAGAUGGCACUGGACAAAUCCAGGUGAACAUCCAGGAGUGGCUGCAGCUGACUAUGUAUUCCUGAACUGGAGCCCCAGACCCGCCCCCUCACCGCCUUGCUAUAGGAGUCACCUGGAGCCUCGGUCUCUCCCAGGGCUGAUCCUGUCUGCAGUCACAUCUUUGUGGGGCCUGCUGACCCACAAGCUUUUGUUCUCUCAGUACUUGUUACCCAGCUUCUCAACAUCCAGGGCCCAAUAUGCCCUGCCUGGAGUUCCCCCUGGCUCUAGGACACUCUAACAAGCUCUGUCCAAGGGUCUCCCCAUUCCCACCAGGCCCUGCACACACCCACUCCAUAACCUCUCCCCUGUACCUGUGCCAAGCCUAGCACUUGUGAUGCUUCCAUGCCCCGAGGGCCCUCUCUCAGUUCUGGGAGGAUGACUCCAGUCCCUGCACGCCCUGGCACACCCUUCACGGUUGCCACCCAGGCGGCCAAGCUCCAGACCGUGCCAGACCCAGGUGCCCCAGUGCCUUUGUCUAUAUUCUGCUCCCAGCCUGCCAGGCCCAGGAGGAAAUAAACAUGCCCCAGUUGCUGAUCUCUA